UUCUAAUAUUUUUCAUUCCCGCCAAAUAACCCCUAUCUCUAUCAGAAACAGUGAGCCUCUUUGGGUUUUGAACUUUGAACUUUGAAGAACUCUCCAAUGGCGUCCUCUCAGAAAUUGACAGAGUACAAUCGGAAGCGCCUCGACAACAUUCGCCACAACGACGAAAUGAUGGCCCCCCUUAAAGUCCACUCCAAAGCUACUGAGCUCUCCACCGCCUCUUCAAAGCGCCAAAGGUCUUCAAAUCGUACAAAAAAAGUGAGGCCAGUGAAGAAGAAAACCAAAACUCAAACCCCAAUCGCAACGCGAAGGUCUUUACGCGCUCAGGGAAUGCCUCCAGAUGAUACUGUCAAAGCAAUUUCCCAAUCCAAUUCCAACACUUCGCCAAUGCUUGAUUUGGGGCCUCUUUCUAUGAGAGAUGCUUAUCGAGGAACCGCCUCUGAUAAACUACUAAUGGAAAGAAUUCUCCGUUUUUCGAAGAAACUCCAUGAGGAGUUUGAGUUUAAUUGUGGGGAUUCGAUAAAGGGUGUGUGUGAAAGUGGGAUUGGGAGUAGUUUGGAAUUGAAUUCUUUGAGUCUGAAUCCGGAGAAUAUUGCAAGAGUUGUGUCAGGGAGGAUAACAGACUUGCGGUUUUUUCCUUGUAGCAAUGCCACAAUGAUUGUGGUUGGGAACAAUUUUGGGAAUGUUGGCUUUUGGGAUGUUGAUUCUAGUAGAUAUGAUGAUGAAGAAGAUGAUGGGCUUCAUUUGUAUGACCCACGUCACUGUGUCAUUUCCGAAAUUUCAAUUCAUCAACAUUCCUUUUCAAAGAUCUUUACUAGUUGUUAUUUGGGAUUUAUCCGAUUGAUGGAUGCUGAGAAGGAGGUUUUUGAUUUGGUGCAUUCAAGUGAUGAUGUCAAGUGCUUAUAUUUUAGUGAGGGUCAUGGAGGUUUGAAUAUCUGGGAUGAGAGGAUUGGAAAAUGCUCAACCCAGUGGAAUUUGCAUGAACAUAGGAUUAACUCCAUUGAUUUUAACUCUGAAAACUAUAACAUCAUGUCUACUAGUUCCUCAAAUGGAACUGCCUGCAUAUGGGAUUUGAGAAGUAUUAUUGUAGAUCAACCCAAAACUCUGAAGAAAGAAGUUAGUCAUAAUAGGGCUGUGCAGUCUGCUUACUUCUCACCCUCCGGAAGCUCCCUUGCAACGACAAGCAUGGACAACACAGUGGGUAUAGUGACUGGAGUUAAUUUUGAGCACAUUUCAAUGAUUGAGCUUGAUAAUCAGAUAAACUCACGGAUUGCUUUUUUCAGAGCAAUAUGGGGUUGGGAUGAUUCAUACAUUUUCAUCGGCAAUAGGAAGAGAGGAGUUGAUGCUAUCUCCUCAACUAGAAAGAGAACAAUAUUCACUAACCCGCGUAUGCCAGCAAUUCCAAGCAGGUUUGAUGCACACCCUUACAAAGUUGGCAUGCUUGCAGGAGCCACAUGUUGGGGCCAUGUUUAUAUAUGGAAAUUGGGCUAGGAACUUCAGUUUCUUUCUGCACCACACUUUUCAGACUUCAUGUUACCUGUUAGUGAAACAUGACUGUUGUUGUAUCUUGAAGUUAUGCAGUUCAAUGUCUUGCAAAUUGACAAAAAGCUAUUUUUGUUAGAUAGAGUGACUAGAAAUGUUGACUAGGAUUCUUUCUUAAAAAAAAAAAAAAAAAAGAGCUGCCAACUCUGAUAUCCCUUAGCAAUAGUCUUUCCCUUGUGGCUAUAUUGGGCCCUUUUUUGUGUGCCGAAUAUUCAGUUUUUGUAAAAUGUAUUACUGAAAAGCAUUUACCCGAAAUUAUUUAGUUAUGUAACCUCUUUUGAAGCUUGA